GAGAGAAAAAAAAAUCCAGGAAGAGAGAACGAGAAACAACGAGAGAGCGGUGCUUUUUCAGUUGCCGUCAGGUCUUACGGGUGGUCAGUCCUCGUUGACAUUUCUACUCCAGAUUCCCUGAUGAACGCCGUUGUGAUCUAGAACAGUGUUUGCAUUUCCAUACUCUCAUUUCACCCAAGUUGUCAUAAUCAUCAGCAUCGUCACCAUCAGCCACAUUAUUAUUAUUAUUGUUCGUCUUGGCCUCUCAUCUGACUGAACUCAAGCCAAGCGAUUGCUCCACGGAGAUUCACCUCGAUUCCUCAACCCAGAAUGAUCUCCGAGUCCGGGAGUGUCGAGGCCAUGCUUCGAGGUCCGGGGUUCCCCCCCUUUAACAACCAUCAUCCACCGUCCAUCGAUCAUUCUCGGCUUGACCGACUCGAUCCAAUGCAAAAUCAACUUUGCCGAGUGUGCGAAGAACCCGCCGCUGGAUUUCACUUCGGGGCCUUCACGUGCGAAGGCUGCAAGUCCUUUUUCGGCCGAACUUGCAACAACCAAUCAGUCAUCCAGGAAUGCAAGAACAACUAUCGUUGCAACAACUAUCGUUGCGUGGUGGACAAGAAGAAUCGGACGGCUUGUAAGGCGUGACGUCUCCGCAAGUGUCUCAUGGUGGGAAUGUCCAAGUCCGGCUCGCGAUACGGUCGGCGUUCUAACUGGUUCAAGAUUCACUGUCUCAUGCAACAGAACCUCCAAAACCCGGCGGGCCCCAGCUCCAAGCCAAUGUCCCCGCCCAUGUCGAGCUCAGCCUCGGCCUCAUCGCUUAGUCCCAAUACACCCGCCACCAUGUGGUCGUCGCCUCCCAAGACUGAGAAGCCUCUGUCGCCGGAUCUCCGUGAGAUUUCUCCCCCGCUCAGGAGUCCGGAGCCAUCCCUAAAGUCGGGUCCAUGCCCGACCUCGACACCUUCACCCAUGCCUAUUAUCCCUCACCCCGCGUCACAUAGCCCUUUCAAGAACCUCAUCCCCAACUUGCACCCCAUGAGCGGGCCGAUGCUUAAGCCUGAAACCUCUUUGCCUAGCCCCAUUCCGCAACCCAUGACCUCUCUCUAUGGCGGCUUCCCCUCCCCUCUCUCGCUGAUGUCGUCCGUGCCCGGGUUCCCAGGCAUCCCUAUGCACAAACAGGCCCUGCUCAGCCCUUUGCUAGCCCAGACUCACUUGUGGCAAAUGGCCCGCACCAACCCGUUGUUCUCGGGACUUCGGCCCGAGGUGGAUCUCUUCGCGGAACACAAGGCUCUAGUGGAACGCUAUUCGGCCGCCAUGGCCGCUGCUGCCGCCCAACAGCUGCCUAAACGCGAGAUGUCAGCUGAGAGCCCCAUCAGCUCGCCCAAACGCGAGCCAUCGGUCAGCCCGACCCAUUCGUCAGCGGCCUCAGAGCCAGCCCAACAUCUGCCCAUGGAUCUAAGUAGCAAGAAAGGCGAUGAUAUUUCCGACCCGGAAGAGGACGAGGACGAAGAGAUUGUGGUCAAAGAUGAACCUUCUCCGUGCUCACCCAAAGCCGACAUGAAUCGGAAUCUGGUGGUCGGAUCUCGCGAUUCGGAAAAAAUAUUGGAUCUUUGCAGCAAGUAACGCAUAGCUUUUCUCAUCCCUAGUUUGAUUUCGUUUUAAUCUCCCACCUCCAUUCAUUCAAUAAUUAUUCGCUGUAAACUUUAUGAAUCAUGCCUGAAAGUGCCAUCAUAUCGGAUCCGUUGUUACUCGUAAUCUGAAAAUACAUUCACCCCUGUGUUUGAUCCGAA